UCACCUUCUUAACAAAAAAAUGGGUCUCUUUCUUUGCGUUCUCUUCUUUCUCGUCUUCUCUGCAACUGCUUGUGAUCGAUGUGUGCAUCAAACUAAGGUUGCUUACUUCUCCAGUGCCUCUGCACUCUCAGCUGGGGCUUGUGGGUAUAGUUCCUUGGCCAUAGACUUCAAUGGUGGGCAACUUGCAGCCGCUGUUCCUAGCCUUUACAAAGAUGGAGCUGGCUGUGGUGCCUGUUUUCAGAUAAGAUGCAAGAACACAACCCUUUGUACUGAGGAAGGGACUAGAGUCAUAGUAACUGAUCUCAAUCGAAACAACCGGACGGAUUUUGUGCUCAGCAGCAGAGCUUUCAUGGCCAUGGCUCACAAGGGUAUGGGCCAAAACGUGUUAAAACUUGGGAUUGCUGACGUGGAAUAUAAGCGGGUACCUUGUGAUUACAAAAACAAGAACUUGGCUGUCCGCGUGGAAGAAUCUAGCCAAAAGCCAAACUAUCUAGCAAUUAAGUUCUUGUACCAAGGUGGUCAAACUGAAAUUGUCGCCGUUGAUGUAGCUCAGGUUGGUUCAUCGAAUUGGAAUUUCAUGAGCAGAAAUCAUGGUGCUGUUUGGGACACAAGUAGAGUUCCAACUGGGCCAUUGCAAUUCCGGUUUGUUGUGACAUCUGGUUAUGAUGGGAAGUGGAUUUGGGCACAAAAAGUCCUACCUGCUGAUUGGAAAAAUGGGUUGAUCUAUGAUUCCGGAGUACAGAUCACUGAUAUUGCACAGGAGGGUUGUUCUUCAUGUGAUGAUGGAAGCUGGAAAUAAGACAUCUUCGUUCAUUGCUAGUGUGAAUGCAAUGCACACAAUAGGCGUCCCAGUCAAGAACACACAGUGAAUUUGGUUAUAGAAAAGAUUAGGGUGUGACAUUACAAUUGGAAUAGCUAUGUUUUGAAACUUAAGAAAGAAAAAAAAAUGAUAACCUUUGUUGCUUUGAGGAGCUUUUGUUACUAGGACAAAGCUUUUAUUGUGUUAGCACCAAAAAAGAAUAACCAGACUUUUGCUUGGGUAACCCAGCGGUAUUAUUGAUGUGCUGUAGCAU